UACGUACACAUCAGUGAAUAAUACAAGUUUGAGUCAAAGGUAAUACAAAAUGGCAAACCGACAAUUGCCAUCAGCAUUUCUGAAAUCGGUGCUACAAAACGGAGUCGGGCGCUAUAUUUGUCAAGUGCAACGAUUGACUUUCCAGUUCAGCAAAGUUCAUGGAACAAGCAGAGGUGUUCGAGAUUAUGUUGAAGAAGAUAUCAUAGACUUUGCUCGUAAGAAUCCACAGAUUGUUCUUUACGUCACUCCACAUAACAAGUUUUCUAAUCCAAGGAUAGUUGCUGAGUUUUUGAAUGGCACCAAGCGAUCUGUUCAGCUGAGCAAACUAGACAGAGAAGAGGUUUCUUCACAGGUUGAGCUUCUACGUACUCAGUCAGGAAAUGAGGUGGUUCGAUUGCGCAAGUCCCAGCAUACAGACUUCCCCAGUAUUCAAGGUGCCUGGCAUCCAUUUGUAAACAAACCAACAAACCUGAACAUUGCUGAGUUCCCAUCUAAUGAACCUACCUUUGCUCACCCAAAGACAAAGACUUGGGAUGUUCUUGAUAAACACCAAGUGGAGGAACAUCUGAGGGAAGUUAUCAGACAAAAAGAGUCUGGAUCAUGAAAGCUUGAAUACUAUUUCAAACAUUAAAAUGCUCUCAGACCUGUUCAAAAAACCUCUGGUAAUACCAUUGAUGACAUUUGUUUAUGAUUCUUGUAGAUCCUUAUGGAGAAACAUCACAAGAAAGUAUCAUGUUAAGUCAUCUGUUUUGAUUAUUUAAAGCUUUUGUACUAAAAUAAAGUGAAACUUUUGAUCUAUUACAUACCACAUAAUAGUCAUUUUUCACUUGACAAAAGUUGUUUUAAUUACAAUUUAUUUGUGAUUGAUCCUAAAUAAUUUUAAUAAAGCUGAAGAUUUUUUUUUUCUAAUGGUAAAGGGCCCAAAAGGAUUUUUGUGUAAUUGGGUCAAGAUCACACUUUCCACAUGCCAAGCACAUUAACAACUUGUAAAAAAAGACACUGUACUCUUAUUGUUCAGAUACCACACACCCACCAAAAAAUCAAACACUUUUCAUGCUAGGGCCUUGGUCACUCUCUCCAUUUGGUUAUUCCUGCUGUUUUGAAACCUCAUUCAGCCAAUCAAUACUAUGAUUUCAGAAAUUUAUCUUUGUGGCAAAAGUGAUUUGCCUUACCCAAUUAAAAAGAACCCUAUAGUAAGAGUAACAUUCAGCUUCAUGAUAUACACUGAAUAUUAUGUAUGUUCAAAUAAAAAGUUUUUGCACAAUCAAGAGAAAACAGCAGAAGAAAAUUAUGUUCAAGGUAUCUUUCUACACACGACAUCACUUAUUUAUCAAAACAAAGAAUAGUUCAUACAAAAAGAAACAUA